GAAACGCCCCUCGACUGUCGUCGUUUUCCAGCAGCUCCGGUCUCAGUGUGCCGUGUACCUGCUGCUGCUAGUGGGUCUCGGCUCUGUAGAGAAGACAGACGCUCUCUGGGUCUAAGGUCACAUGUUUCGGUUUUUGUCUUCAACAGUGAUUUUUUUUAAAUUUUGAUCUGAAUUGUACAUUUGGUAGCAACUCGCUCCCGCAACGACAGAGCUCCGCGCGAAGGAAUGCACGUUAACAACGAUACCUGCGUCCGAAAAUACGCAAAAGAAGAUUACAGCGUUUUGUCAGGAUGUACGGCUUAAAUGUUGCCCGUCUUUCGUCAAACUGCAGGCCGUCCGUGGGGGGAGUUUCACCCGAGGAAAACACUCGUGUCGGGAAAACUCAGUUCCAGCUGCCCGUGAAAAAGCAAGCCGUGAAGAGACACCACCACAAACACAACCUGAAGCACAGGUACGAGUUUCUGGAGACCCUCGGGAAAGGAACCUAUGGCAAAGUGAAGAAAGCCAAGGAAAGAUCCGGUAAACUGGUUGCCAUAAAGUCGAUCAGAAAGGAGAAGAUCAAGGAUGAGCAGGACCUGAUUCAUAUUCGCAGAGAAAUUGAGAUCAUGUCCUCACUCUGCCACCCGCACAUCAUCACCAUAUAUGAAGUAUUUGAAAACAAGGACAAAAUUGUGAUUGUGAUGGAGUAUGCCAGCCGAGGGGACCUGUAUGACUACAUCUGUGACCAGAGGACUAUCUCUGAACGCGAGGCCAGGCACUUUUUCAGACAAAUUGUAUCAGCUGUGCACUACUGCCAUCAGAAUGGAAUAGUUCACCGGGACCUGAAAUUGGAGAAUAUUUUACUAGAUGGCAACGGCAAUGUGAAGAUCGCAGACUUCGGCCUGUCGAACCUCUACCACGGUGAUGAGUAUCUUCAAACUUUUUGCGGCAGCCCCCUGUAUGCUUCCCCAGAGAUUGUCAAUGGACGGCCAUACCGUGGGCCAGAGGUGGACACUUGGUCUCUUGGUGUGCUGUUAUACACUAUGGUUCAUGGCACCAUGCCAUUUGAUGGACACAACCACAAGACACUGGUCCAACAGAUAAGCUCUGGAAACUACCGUAAACCCAACAACCCCUCUGAUGCAUGUGGGCUUAUCCGUUGGAUGCUCAUGGUAAAUCCUGAGCGCAGAGCCACAAUAGAGGAGAUUGCAGGACACUGGUGGCUCAACUGGGGCUACCAGCAGCCAUUACUGGCUGAGACAAAGAGCAGUCCAGUAGAGCAGACUGCUUCACCAGCCUCCCCAUCAACAUUACACCCUGCUGGGCUGGCUAGUGUUGCUAAUUGGCUGCGGCGCACAUCCAGGCCUUUACUGGAGAACGGCUCUAAGAUGCGCUGCCUGCUACGCUCACAGGGUGGUGGAGGGGAUGUAGUCCGGCAGCGGUCUCUGCGAAGGUCACGAAAGGAAAACAAUGUCUCCCAGACCGGUCAUGAAGUAAGCACAGACAGUCGCCCCUCUAAGGGUAUUUUAAAGAGACGCAACAGUGUGAAGCAGAAGGCAAUGAGUGAAACCCCAGCUGUAGGUUCAGUGGAGCCGCAGAAGAUUUUGGGUUCAUCUGCACCAGCCAGUGCCCCUUCAGCUGCAUUGCUGCCUCGCAAAGGUAUCCUAAAGAAGCCCGCAGAACAAGAGUCAGGGUACUACUCGUCCUCUCCUGAGAACAGUGACUCUGGCUGGGCACCACAAACUAAAGAGUGCCCUUCAGCACCAACCCAUAGGAAAGGCAUAUUGAAGCACAAUGGAAAGUUCUCUUCAGGUAGGCUGCAGGAGUUUGGCUCUCUGGACCAGCUGGCAGCUUCUUUACCCCGCGGAGGCGCCAGGUUGAGACCGAGUGGGGCCAUCAGCGAGGACAGCAUUCUUUCUUCUGAGUCCUUUGACCAGCUGGAUCUACCAGACCGUGUAGGACCUCCAACACAGAUGGAUAAACCGCCCAAGGGUAGCAUGAGAGGAUGCGUGUCUGCGGACAACCUGCUGGAUAUCCAGGAAGACGGGAUUCUUGGGGAUGGGCCGCUGAGGCCCUGGAACUGCUACAAGUCUGGAGUGGCUGACAGCGCCUUUUCCAUCACAGGCUGUGAUAAUGUAACGGAGGCUUACAAACAGGCCAUCGUUAUACGAGGCUCUGCAGCAAGCUAGGACCGGUAAUUAGUUAAGGACACUGACUAAAGACUUGUUUUUCAGUCAGAAUUUUCAAAUGACUGUAAACUACUGAAGACACGCUAGCCAAAGUGCAUUGUGUGAAAUUACAAGCACACUGUAGUGAUAAUCAUUUUGACUAACUUCAGGAAUUGCACAGUACCAAAAGUACAGAUUCUCAGGAGAGGAGAGCUGCUGUUGGUCAAUCAGGAGCUCUAAUUUUCAACAUGAGAGCUUACUAUCAAAAAUGUAAUACAAAAAGUCACCCUGAAACCAAAACACUGGUCUUCAAUGUCAGAAGUUUAUAGAAAGCUUUGCUCAGUGAUAAUAAACUGAUAAACUAGGAAACUGCUUUACAGUCACAGUAGGACUAUUGUUUGAAUAUUGCUUAAGCCACAAAGUCGGUGUCUUUUAUUGUCGACAGGACAGUUGACAAAGUGUUUAUGACUUAAUAGCUCUUUUGGAUUCUAGCUUUGUGAUAGAUAAACAUAAGGUUGACAGGUGAUCAGCUAGGAUAACAGCAAUAACACACAGGUUCAAUGUUAGGAUGGGUUCACUCUUUUACCAUAUACUACAGCAUUUACUGUGUUUUAGGAUGUAGGGAAAAUGACAUUUCAUGGAUACCAAAGAGCAAAUUUGCUAAUGUUGUUGGACUAUUUUGUUCAUCUUUAUUUAAAGCACUAGCAAAAACAGUGCCAAGAGGACGUUUGUUUGUAACAGGGACUUCAGCUCUCAAAGGAUGUUUUUUGUAUUGCUGUUUUUUUUCUUUAAAUUACUUGUUCUAAUUUUGGAUAAUGACUUGAAUAAUAAUCAUGACUCACAUCAAGCAUAACCAGUAGAACCUGCUUUUGCUCCUAAGCCUGCUGAUACAGGUGCACAUGUGGCCAUUCACUCUCUGUAUGCAGGUGGCAGUUUCACAGAAAAGGUGGGGCUCAUUAAGUCACUCCAUUGUUUUUUGAAGGUCACAUGUUGAAAUUUGAAAAACAGUUAACGUGUGUGUGAGAGUGAACCACGAGCCCCAGCUAACUACUGCUUGCUGUGUAUAACGUGGCACACGCUUAAUGUGUAACCUUUCAACUGAAUUUUCAAGAUCAGUCAUGGAGCUCAGGUGUAGACACCUGAGGUGGAAUAGUAUUUUAUAAAGAUGGAUUAGAAGUUUAGCCAUCGAUCUGUUAAAAAAAAAGUACAAUGUUGCAUCCUGGUGACUCAAAUGGUAAAAACAAAACUUAUAGUAUAUAGUUAAAAGUAAAAAUCAUGAAUUAUGCAUGCUGCUGACGAUCAUUAAUUAAGUUUGACAAAGUAUUUCAUACCACGUUUUAUAGUUAUCUGGUUGACUUCCUAAUCCUGCUUUAUGAAAAAUAUCCUGGUGGUCAGAGAAAGGUACAUCAGUAUGUUGUUUGUUUCUGUAUGAAAUUUCAUUGGAUUAGCAUGCUUGGCAUUAAAUUAGAACAUCAAGCCAGUGCCUGGAAUAGCACAGACCAUCGAAACCUGAUAACCAUACAAUUUAUUUAUCAGCUACUCCAUUAAGCAUUGAGUUCUUGUAACAAAAGUUGCACAUGGCUGUAACCAGAAGCUACAAAACCAUGCUGUUGUUCAGAAACUGGAAUGUAAAAACUUUUUUUUUCUUUUCUCCAGUUAUUUAUGGUUAAUUUCAUCAGGAAUGUAAAGCCUGUGUGUAUACAAAAGUAAACUAGGAAUUCCCUAAUUUCAACUGGAAGCUCUUGUCAUUUCUAAUCUGUCACAGACAACUGAUCGUGUAUUACUUAAGUGUGACACCGGGGGGAAAAAAGCGGUCUGCCUUUGGGAAGACUGGUGUAAAAUGGUAUCGGUUUAAUUUUUUUUGUACAAUAAAAUGUGUAUUUGUGCUUUUCAUCACUGAUUUUCUCUCUCCCUUGUCCCAGAAGUUGCAGGUAUGCAUGCCCUAUUAAUAUUUUUGUCUUUAACAGCAACAAAAAACAUGUUUGCCAAAGUUACUGGCUUAUCAUUUAUAUGACUGUGUGAUCUGCCAUGCUCUUGUGACUGGGAUGAGGAAAUCAAUAAAAAAAUGACGACAAAGAACUCAA